AUGGAAUCAAAUACGUCAAAAGAGCAAUCGAUCGAGCAAGCAUUAAGGAGGCUUAAAUAUUUGCACACUUCGCUGGUGCUUCACGGAGCAUUUUCAAAACAACAUGGAUAUAAUGUUGGUGAACGCAUCAUAACGAGUACACGUUUGCAGUCUACCAACAAGGAACGAUUUAGGACAACAGAGUGGGGUUCUGAGAAACGGUGCUUUCUUUCUUUACAACCCAAUACUUCGAAUCCAUUCGGAGAAAAGACUAAAAGACGAAUUUUAAAGUGUAAUCAAGCCCAAAAAGCCUUACGAACUGGUCGUGCGCCAUUGCGUGUGUCUCGUUCGGUGUCAGUGACCGAGGAACAGCUUGAUUCGACAAACGUAAAUGAGAUCAUCUUGAGGGAUGUUGAAGUAAGAGAACGUAGACGUACUUCGAAGUCCGCGUCAAGUGGACCAUGUUUUAUUGAUCCUUACAAAUGCCUUAAUACUUUUACCUACGGCUUUGACGGUAACACUCGUAACAAGAAAGUAACAAAGGAAUACUCUACGAACAUGAAGAUCAAUCGCGUCACUUUCUCUGCUAGACCGAGUGGUCGUAAGGACAAAUCAAUGCACGAAAAUAAAAUCGAAGUUCCGAAAAGUUGCUUCUUCAAUGGUUGGGGUGUGCGGUCUAAGAAGGUACAUUUACCAAAACGAAACACGGGCGACGAUUCUGAGAGACAUACCACAGUGGGAGCCAUAGAUAUUGCCGCUGGUAUAAAGACUCUCAGAUUAGAUCCUAAACGAGUACAACAAGAAUACCACGAGAGAACAAUUCCACAACCCCCACCCACACCUGUUCGACAAAUUGAUAUAAGACUACCUCAAGGAAAGAUGGUUAAAUAUCAACUGCCCGAAGACGAGUGA